UAAAUGUAAGAAGUCCACCAAUACCCGUAUCCAUACACGCUGCGGUGCCGUCAUCUAACGACAGUUUGACUGGCGCUUCAAGGCAAUCUAACCUACGCAGCGCAUCAUGCUCUCUAAUUGGAUUCCUGCGAUUUCGUUGGGAGCAAAAGCUUUGAUCAGAAGGAAAUGGAAUCGAAACCCUAAUCCAAAGAUCGUGAGUGUGCAGUGGUUCUCAUUUUUUUCUUCCAAAGCUCCAAUAGACAUGGCUGCCAGAGAUGGAGAACUGAGGGUUUUUCUUGUUGCCGGUGAAGUUUCUGGAGAUUCCAUCGCUUCUCGCCUAAUGGCUUCGCUUCGACUUUUCUCCCCUUUCCCUCUNCGCUUUGCUGGUGUUGGUGGGGCUAAGAUGGCAAGUGAAGGGUUGAAGUCUCUAUUUUCUAUGGAAGAUAUUUCGGUAAUGGGGCUUUGGGAGCUUUUGCCUCAUCUGUAUAGAAUCAGACUAAAACUGAAGGAAACAGUUGAAGCAGCUGUUCUAUUUGAACCUCAUGUUGUAUUAACGGUUGAUUCUAAGGGCUUUUCUUUUCGGUUCUUGAAACAACUUAGAGCUAGAUACAUUCAGAAAAAUUUGGAUAUUCCAUCACACUUUCACUAUGUAGCACCAUCAUUCUGGGCAUGGAAAGGAGGUGAAGCAAGACUCAGAGGACUAGCAGAAUUUGUGGAUCAUUUAUUGUGCAUACUUCCAAAUGAAGACAGAAUAUGUAGAUUGAAUGGAUUGCACGCAACAGCUGUUGGGCAUCCGGUCUUGGAAGAUGUUCUGGAAUUGAAUUUGAGAAACAAGUCCACAAUUCAUGAAUGGAGGGCAAAAGGCAAUGCUGACGAUUUUCGAAAUAAGUAUGCAGUGCCAGCAGGAGCCACUGUGAUUAGCUUACUUCCUGGAAGCAGAGUGCAAGAAGUCAGUCGGAUGCUUCCCAUCUUUUCAGAUACUGUGAAACUGAUGAAAGACACAGUUCCACAGUUGAUGACAGUCAUUCAUGUAGCACCUAAUGAGCAUGUGGAAAAUUUUAUAGCUGGUGCUAUUCAUGGAUGGCCUGUGCCAGUUAUAUUGAUUUCAGGUGGAACAACACAACUAAGAUAUGAUGCUUUUAGUGUAAGCCCCCUUGUCCCACAAGACCUCCAUUUUCAAAAAUAAAUAUUUUAAUUUUUAACUCAUUCUGCCAUGUCGUGUAGCCUUAUUAUAAAAUUGUUUUUAUACUUCCGAUAGAAUCAUCUAUUCUUGAAAUUGCUCUAAUGGUCCAUUAUAGAAUGCUUAGAGACUCUUGCUUGAGUUCUGAAUCUAAAC